UACAAUUUUAAUUUGAACAGUAUCUUCAACUGAAGGUGCAGAUUGAAAGAAAAAAAAAAAAAAACAAACAAACAAACAAAGGAGAUAACAUACAAAGGCAAAUGUCAUCAGCAACACAGCAAAGCAAAGAAAUCAGUCUCCUUAAAACCUUUAUUAAUGGCAUAAAUGCCUUGUCAGGCAUCGGUAUAAUAUCAACCCCAUAUGCACUCUCAGAAGGAGGGUGGUUGAGCUUAAUACUUCUUUUGUUGAUCGCGGCAUCAGCCUACUUCACCGGACUAUUGCUCCGACGUUGCAUGGAUGCAGACCCACAAAUAACAAGCUAUCCUGAUAUUGCAGGAAGCGCAUUUGGUCGGAAGGGAAGAAUUGUUGCAUCCAUUUUUAUAUGCUUAGAGUUGUAUUUUGUAGCAACAGAACUGUUGAUAAUGGAAGGGGAUAAUUUGCACAAGUUAUCCCCCAACUUUGCAUUGAAGUUAGGGCAACUUAGAGUUGAAGGGAAGCAUUCUUUUGUUAUAAUUGCAGGUCUUACCAUCUUGCCAUCUAUGUGGUUGAGUGAUCUGGGUAUGCUGUCUUAUAUCUCUGCUGGUGGAGCACUAUCUUCUCUUAUCAUUAUUAUAUCUGUUUUAUGUGUUGGUGCAAGCACAAGUGUAGGAUUUCAUGGAAAAGGAAGGCUCAUAAAUUUACAGGGAAUGCCCACUGCACUCAGCUUGUAUACUUUCUGUUAUGGAGCCCAUGGUAUAUUCCCUACAAUAUACAAUUCAAUGAAAAACAAAUCUCAGUUCCCAAAGGUCUUAUGUCUGAGCUAUAUUACUAGUACAAUUGCAUAUGUCUCCAUGGCCAUUUUGGGCUAUCUAAUGUUUGGAAAGGACGUCCAGUCACAAGUAACUUUGAACCUUCCCACAGAGAAUAUCAGCUCAAAGAUAGCUAUAUACACCACCUUAGUGGGUCCACUUGCAAAGUAUGCACUGACUGUGAUGCCAAUUGUAACAGCCAUUGAAAGCCGUUUGCCAGUUGAAUACCAAAAGAGGAGGCCUGUUAGCCUCCUUAUCAGAACUUUGUUACUCUUUAGCACGGUCGUCUUGGCUGUUGUUUUUCCAUUUUUUGGGUAUCUUAUGGCUUUCAUUGGAGCAGUUUUAAUUGUUGUAGUUUCAUUUUUGCUCCCCUGCACAUGCUACUUGAAGAUAACUGGAGCAUACAGGAAUUGGGGGUAUGAGACUGUAGGUAUUGUUGGGAUAAUGUCAAUGGCAACUUUGGUUGGAGUAGUAGGAACAUAUUCAUCUGUUGUUCAAACUGUGAGAACCGUUUGA